AUGGAGGAACAACUUGAUCAUGGAGAUGAAGCGAAGGAUGAAACGAGCGACGUGUAUGUCAGAGUACAUACAAAGGAGAAGCAAUUCAUAUGUGAAAUUUGUAACAAGGCCUUCUCUAAGAAACGUCAUCUAAAUCAGCAUAAAAGAGUACAUAUAAUUGAGAAGCCAUACAUCUGUAAUUUUUGCAACAAGGCCCUCUCUCAAAAAGGCGAUCUAGUCAAGCAUAUCAGAGUGCAUACAAAGGAAAAGCCAUUCAUUUGCAAUGUUUGCAGCAAGGCCUUCUCUCACAGAGCUCAUCUAGUCAAGCAUAUCAGAGUGCAGACAAAAGAAAAGCCAUUCGUCUGUGAGAUCUGCAACAAGGCCUUCUCAAAAAAGGUAGUCUAG